CGUCAUCGCGUAAAUUGAUUUCCCGGAUGAAACCGAGUUGUUAUGACAACGUCGGUAAAGCUGUAAAGCGAAAGUGCGAAACUACUAUCGCACAGAAGCGUGAUAUUUCACUCAUGGAUACAGGAGCGAACACGUACCUCAUUAGGCCGAAUUAUAAAGACAAGUUCAAGGCAGGUGUGGCGAAGGAGUGCAUUGGAGAAAUCCUAAGGGAGCAGCUGUAUGGAGUUCAGUAUGAUCCCGAAGAGGUUCCCACAUUAUCCAGAUCUUUAGCAGACUCCAUUAAACACAAGCUAAAAGACAUGGCCUUUGACAGAUACAAGUUCAUCGUGCAGGUGGUUAUUGGAGAACAGCGAGGAGAAGGAGUCAAGAUGGCUGCGCGCUGCUUCUGGGAUGCAGAUACAGACAAUUAUGCUCAGGAGAUAUAUAUGAACGACAGCUUGUUCUGUGUAGCUGCUGCUUUUGCUGUGUAUUAUUACUGAAGACGCGCUGAUGACCACAUAUAUGCAGCUUGGGCCUCAAAAGGGUAUAUUUGUGCUGUUUAUUUGAACUAAGUCAAUCUCUUUCGUUUCUGUUGUUCAGAAGUCUUUGCUGUAUGAUAUUUUGAAUAUAUGAAGCUUUACAAUUUUCAAUAAUGUUCGAUUUAUUUUAUAUACAGAAAUAAUAAAAGAAAAUUAACUUUUGUCACUGUCAUGCUCCAUUUGGUUCAUUUCAUAUGACCGACUGACUGAUAUUUAGUUUAAUUUUCAUCUAAUAACUAAUUAUUAAUCCGUUCACUCUAAACAUUCAUAGAAAAAUUAAUAAAUUAAACAAAUCCACAUAAAGUAAUCAAAGUUUAAUCAAAGUAUUUUGUGGGAAAACAACUACUUUAUAUGAUACGGAUUUAAUGAUGGCAUCUAUUCACAUAUAUAAUCAUCUCAAUGGGAACAUUUUGAACAAUCAAGAGUUUAGUUGAACAAACUUUCAAUGGACGGACUGAAAUAUUGCAAA